AUGCCCGCCCCGGGCGAUCAACACGGCAUCGUCGCCAAUCCUUUCGAGGAGCCGCAGAAGCGGAUGAGCGAAUACACAGCCCAAGAAAUCGCUACAUUGCAAAGCCGUCUCGAGAAACAGCUGGGCCCCGAGUACAUAUCCGCACGCGCCGGGCCGUCGGGCCAGAAGGUCCACUACAUCGCCGCCGAGAAGUGCAUCGCCCUCGCGAACGAGGUAUUCGGCUUCAAUGGCUGGUCCUCGUCCAUCCAGAACAUCCAGGUCGACUUCGUCGACGAGCACCCGCAGACCAUGAAGAUCAGCCUGGGCCUGUCCGUCAUCGUCCGCGUGACCCUGCGCGACGGCACCUUCCACGAGGACAUUGGCUACGGCCACAUCGAGAAUUGCAAGGGCAAGGCGGCCGCCUUCGAAAAGGCCAAGAAGGAGGGCACCACCGACGCCCUGAAGAGAGCUCUGAGAAACUUUGGCAACGUGCUGGGCAAUUGCAUCUACGACAAGGACUACCUCUCCAAGGUGACCAAAAUGAAGGUCGCCCCAACAAAAUUCAACGAGACCGAGCUGCACAGACACUCUGAUUUCGCUAUCAAGAAAGAGGAGGGAAAAGCUCUCCCGCCGCCACCGGUCAAGCUGGAGACGGCCGAGUCGAUUGAGGACCUCCUUGAAGACUUUGAUGAAGCAGACUUUGCCGUCGUCGAGAGCGACCAUCCGGAUGAGGUUGUGCUUCCUCCUGUAGCGAAUGGCGUUUCCAACGAUAGAGCCGCGAGUGUUGCGCCAGCACCCGUCCCGAAUCACAUGCAAGCUCCCUCUCGGCAAAUGGGUAGAAGCACAUCUACAGGAAGCCUACGAGCACCUCAGACGCCAAACCAAGCACAAUCACGACAAGGCCCGCCAACAGGCUACGGCAACAGGCCACAAGCACCAAACCAACCUCGCGCACCCACAAACCCCUUAGCCCCGUCCGCGCCGUCCGCUCCUCAAGCCAAUGGGAAUAUGACCACGCCAGGGCAAGCUGGCAACGCCGCCGAGCCUGUUGGCUUCUUCUCCGCACGUGCUGUACAGCAAAUUCCAGAAUCUGCUCUGCAGGGGAACAACGCUGACGCGCCUCUUCUCCUGCCAGCCGGGCAACAAGCCUUCAAUCCAAAGGCAGAGAGCCCAUCCAUACGAAAGACCCCCGGCAUAGAUCAUUCAGUCUCGAAGCCCCUUGCUAGAUCCGGUCAGCACGUUCCGCCAACUCCGUCGCAGCAGCCGUCGGCAUCGGGCUUCACGCCAGUCAGACCGGGCAACGCCGGCCCCGGAGGGGGAACCGGGGCGCCGCACCUGCAGCUCAGCCAGAGUCGACGGAUCGGGGCUCCCGGGGGCGCUGGUAGUCCCUUGGCCAACCGGGGUUCCUAUCGGCCGCCGACCAUGAAGCGCCCGCUGCAGCAAGACGGUGCCGUAAGGCCAGCGCUGGUCGAUGUGUCGAACAAUGGGGCGGCGGGCAACGCCCCUGGCGGCAUGGGGGUGGAUCCAAAACGUCAGAAGAUGACAUGA